AUGGAGUAUCUCUUGCUCGCAAGCCUGCAAGGCUUUUUUUUCGUCUGUUUUAUUCUCGCAUUUGUCGUUUUCAAAUCAUGGAAAAUCGCGACAUCAUCUUCUGGAGAAAUUAAGAAAUCCUUCCGGCCAGCCGGAAUAUCCGCGAAAAUCGAGAGCCUAGUUGCCGUUUUGAGGUUUUUCGUAUCCGGGCCCAGCAUUAUCCUCGAUGGUUACGCAAAUGGUAAAAAUGCACCAUACGUGGUACAAACGCAAGGCAAGGAUUUGGUGAUUGUGUCGUCGGAUAAUCAUAUCAAGGAGCUUCUGGAAGCUCCCGAGACACAACUUUCUCUUCAUGCAGUUGCCAAAGAUUUAUUCAAGCCCAAAUAUACUAUGUACGAGUUUGACGUGCAUGACGAAAUGGCGGCGAACGGCAGUAUGCAUUUUCGAGUCCUGCGGACACUCCUUACCGCGAAUCUGCCCCGGAUGCUUCCCGAGCUACAGAAUAUGAUGCAAAGAGAAUUUGCAAAGGAGACUUUGCAAGGAUAUACAAAAACAGAUGAAUGGUCGCGGAUACCUACGUUUGACGUUGCCAAAAGACUCGUGGCGCGAAUUAAUAGCUACCUAUUUGUGGGCAAGGAUCUUACCGAAAAUCCGGAGUAUCUCGAAGCUGCGCUGGCUUAUCCGCAAGAGGUUUUUGUGACCGGAGAGGUUCUGCAACUCACUCCCGAGUUCUUAGCUCCGGUGGUUACUUCUAUUGCUACAAAACAAGGGAAAGCAUUAAAGACCAUGCUGCGGUAUCUUUUCCCCAUAGUCGAAGAACGACUCCGGCAACGAGAAAAGGGCAUCCUUCCCAGCGAAAGACCACUCGAUUGUCUUCAAUGGAUUAUAGAUUCGUCGCCUACGAAAGAAAAAUGGGAUGCAAAAAAGGUCGUCCAAGAAACGCUGGCGUUGUGGUUUGGAUCUGUGCAUCAACUUUCAAUGGCAUUUGUUUACGCACUUUAUGAUCUGGUUGACAACCCUUCAUACAUCACUCUUCUGCGGGAAGAACUCGCAUCCGCACCUGAUGGCUGGCUGUCAUCUCUCAAUGACCUUCCUCUGCUAGACAGCUUCCUCAAGGAGUCGACACGACUCAGCCCUUCUGAUAGCAUCUCGCUUCGGCGAAAAGCACUAAAGACAUUUAUAUUUAGUGAUGGCACGGUUGUACCCAAGGGGUCUUGGGUGUGUGUGCCCCAACGCGCCAUUCAGAGAGAUGCCGCCUAUUACGAGAAUCCAGAGCGGUUUGAUGGGCAUCGGUUUAUCAAACAGGGUAGCGCUCUAACCGAUCUCGACGCAAGGUUUCCAUUUUGGGGGCUAGGAAAGCGCGCGUGCCCUGGAAGAUUCUACGCUGUGGGAAUACUGAAGAUGAUGGUGGCCAGUGUGAUUGAACAGUACGACAUUGAUAUAGACCAAGCUACGAAUCCGGAAGACCGGAUGUUUUGGUGGAGAUCAGCGAUUAUACCCAAGUCAACGAUAGAGCUAAGAGUGCAUGAGCGGCAAAAAACACGUGCAUGA